AUGCGUUCUGUAUCAUUCCUUCUAUGGGGUCUGGCACCUCUCCUUGCAUCCGCCCAACUCACUGGCAGAGUCGGGCCCCUCAAGUCAGCGGCUGAGAAAGCCGCCUACAAAACAUGUAAUGUCCUUGACUACGGAGCAGUUGCCGACUUAUCAACCGAUAUCGGUGAGCCAUUACUCGACGCUUUUGCAGAUUGCAAUGGCGGUGGUCUGGUGUAUGUUCCCGAAGGCGAGUAUGCCUUGUCUACCUGGGCGCUCUUCGAUAAAGGAAAGUCCUGGGCUCUGCAACUCGACGGAGUAAUUUACCGCAAUGGAACCGAUGGCGGCAAUAUGAUAACGUUUGAGCAUACAAGCGAUUUUGAGAUGUUCAGCAGUAACGGAAAGGGUGCGAUUCAGGGACUCGGGUAUGAGUUCCGUAAUACGGGAAAAUCCACGAAUACCAGGAUUAUGAGGUUGCAGAAGGUCUCCUCCUUUGCUGUUCAUGAUAUUAUCCUUGUUGAUUCUCCAGCUUUCCAUAUGUCGCUUGACACUGUGUCAGAUGGUGAGGUAUACAACGUUGUGGUUCGCGGAGGCAAUUCUGGUGGGCUAGAUGGUAUCGAUGUGUGGGGUGAGAAUGUCUGGGUCCAUGAUGUUGAAAUCACCAACAAAGAUGAAUGUGUGACCGUGAAGAAUCCAUCCCAUAACCUGUUAAUCGAGAACGUCUACUGCAACUGGAGUGGAGGUUGUGCAAUUGGAUCCAUUACCGCAGGCACUAAUAUCACGGACAUCGUCUACCGCAACGUGUACACUCAUUCGUCCAACCAGAUGUUUAUGAUCAAGAGUAACGGAGGUGAUGGAUACGUGAGGAAUCUCGCUCUGGAGAACUUUAUCGGCCACAACAAUGCCUAUUCCCUUGACAUCGACAGCGCCUGGAGCAAUAUUGACACGGCUGAUGGAGAUGGCGUUGAGUUUUCAAACAUUACCGUAUCCAACUGGAAGGGCACAGAAGCGGAUGGUGCGCAACGUGGUCCGAUCAAGAUCCUCUGCCCUGAUGACAAUCCUUGCUAUGAUAUCACAAUCAAGGACUUUGUCAUGUGGACAGAAACCGGAGACAGCCAGACAUAUUUCUGCCAGAGCGCUUAUGGAGACGGACACUGUCUCCAAGACGGUGAUGAUCUGAAAGCGUAUACUACAACAUUGACUGCUACUAGCGCACCGACCGGCUACGCAGCACCUACAAUGAAGGAGGAUCUUUCCGAAGGGAUGGCCUUGAACACAUCUAUUGCGAUUCCUACUAUCCCUGCUUCCUUUUUCCCUGGUGUGACGCCAUACAGCCGCAUCGCAAGCGGCAGCUCAGGUGUUGUAACUCCCAGCUCCAGUCUGGCAUCCCCCUCGGCUUCUGCAACGCCCAGCUCGGGCUUUAUCACAUGGAGUUCUUCCGUUCGUGCCUCAUCAUCGUCGAGGCCUGUCAGCUCCCCUUCCUUCACUAAAGUGAGCCCUUCUUCCUCUUGGACAAGGACUACAGGAACGGCCACUUCAGCUGCUACAACUGACGCGCAGCCCACCAUCCCUGUCGAAAAGCAGCCGUCCCUUGACACUGAAGUGAUUGGAAAGUGUGGUUUUGCCCCACCUCCUAAGCAGGGAGGCCACCACCAGGUACACCAUCAUUCCCCUCACCACCAUUGA